GCUCCCUGAGCAUCAUUGUCAAAAUGGCUUCUUCUAUGGGAGGUAUGUUCCCUGGUCAACAACCGCCUGGCUCUCAUCCUGCAGGUGGCCCGGGCGCUCCCGGGCAGCCAGGCUUACUACCGGUCGCUUCUGGGAGCAGGAAUCAGAGCAAUAACACUUUGGUGGAUGAUCUCGAGGCUUCUUUCGAGGCUUGUUUUGCAUCUCUUGUAAGUCAGGACUAUGUGAACGGCACCGAUCAAGAAGAAAUCAGGACCGGUGUUGACCAGUGUAUCCAGAAAUUCUUAGACGUCGCCAGACAGACUGAGUGCUUCUUCCUACAGAAGAGGUUACAGUUGUCAGUGCAGAAACCAGAGCAAGUUGUGAAGGAGGAUGUGUCAGAGUUAAGGAAUGAGCUGCAGAGAAAAGAGCUGCUCAUUCAGAAGCACCUCAGCAAAAUCCACCACUGGCAGCAGGUACUGGAAGACAUCAAUGUUCAGCACAAGAAACCGACAGAGCUUCCCCAGGGUCCACUGGCUUUCCUGGAACAGGCUUCCGCUAACAUUCCCGCCCCUAUGAAACCAAACUGAUCACUGGCAUUAAUACUUUUUUUUUUACUUGUGUACAUAUCUUUUGCAGCCUUUUGUAUUGUUAUUAAAUGGUCUUUUUUGUGACUGAA